ACCCCAGAUCGGCACUUCAGGAGCAGCAGGCGACAGGCAGGUAUCGAAAGCUUCUAUACCGAAAAAACGACAGCGACAUAGAGGCUUUCGUUUGGUUUGGCCCGAAAUGUUUAGUACCUCUCAGAAACAUUCGCAGCCUGAGAAGGUUAACAAAAUUUCGGUAUUACCUAAAAUGAUAGGCCUUCAAAAAAAGAGACCAGCACCCGCCGCAGAAUAUGUCGUACCCAAUAAUUCGGUUCUAAAUCUGCCGCACCGGCCCGGCCUAUACGACCCUACCCCCAACUCGAUGGAGAAGAACGAUGGACGGAAGGGCGUAACUAGCGGCGGUGCCGCCACGAGCAAAUGCCGUUACUGCGAGAAUAUGGCUAAGAACUUCCUUUACCUGGAGAGCCUGAUUCGCAACAACGGUGAAAAGGGAUCGUCCGGGCACAAGACAUGUAGCUUGUGCAACUCCUCGCUCAAGUACCUAGAAUAUGUUAAUCGCAACAUCCGGCAGGUCUUCGGCGACUUCGACUCGAUCGUACAGGCUGAUCGCGCCCUCGCCGCCAAGCCAGCCAUGAUGCCCAAGUACUCGGUGGGUCCGCCGCCAACGCUGCAACAGGCAACGCAGGAUAAGGCCGACUCCCGGGCUAGGGGCGGAGCUGUUCUCUCGCCGCAGAAGUCCACCAGAAGCGUCAAGCCCAAGUCUGUUCUACCAAAGUCAAAGUCCAAGGAGAAGCCUCUCAAGAGCGGAAAGGGCCAGAAAUCACUAAAGUCAUUGAAGUCAUUAAAGUCGCACAAGACCAAGGAGAAGGCUAUUAAAGGCAUGAAGGGCCAGAAGUCGCUCAAGUCACUUAAGUCACACAAGUCGCUCAAAUCGCUCAAGUCCUCCAAAUCCACAAAAUCAGCCAGGAGCCAGCGCAAAAGCGCCCCGAGGUCAAAGGGCGGAUCGGGGCACGGCAAGAUGGUCCUGAAGCGCAAAUUUAGGAGUGGAAAGGUAGGCGGCAAGUCGGCCUCCGGCAAGGUUGUGCGCAGCGUUAGUCAGUAUCACAAUCUUGGCUCGGUUCGAUCCAAGCUCUCGAAGGGCGCUAGUCUGAAGAAGUUGGUGAAGCAGCGGUCCCAGGGACCUCCUCCGGCCAGCAUCAAUUGGCGGCUGCUGAAGAGGAACUUGCCCAAGCGCCCGAUCGCGGCAAACUAAAAAGAUGGGCACAUGCCCUUAAGGCCGGAGGAAAUUAUUUUAGGCCCGCUUACCAUUUGGCUUACUUGUCCAAAAUUUACAGUAUAUAUUCUCGAUAAAUUACAAAUAUAUUUUAAGCGCAUAAAGUAGUAAAAA